AUGGCGGGACUUGGGAAAACGAAACUAGCUCGAACACUCUAUAAUGAUGAAUCCGUUAUCAAACAUUUCGAACUCAGAAUAUGGGUCACUGAACCUGUUGUUUUUCAUCUAAGUGAGGUUUUAAAAAUGAUCAUAAGUUACGUUAAAACUAAUGAUGUUAAACAUGAUUAUGGAUGUCUUGAUCUGACAAUGAUGCUUCAAGAGAUGUUGAAAGGGAAGAAGUAUCUGCUAGUACUUGACGACUUUUGGGAUGUCAAGAAUUCCGACAUCUGGGAUACGCUAAAAUCGAGGUUGACGUCUGGUGCUCAUGGAAGUAAGAUUUUAAUCACUAGUUGUAAAAUCAAUGUUGCACGGAGUGUCCGAUGGAUGACCACUACAUAUCACUUGCAACAAUUAUCAACAGAUGAUUGUUGGUCAAUUAUCAAGGAAAAGGCAUUUUCAUCUCCUCAGAGCAGGGCAUCGGAGAAUCCAGAAAUGGUUAAAAUAGCAAAGGAUCUAGCAAGAAAAUGCUGUGGUUUACCACUUGCUGCCAGAAUAUUGGCCUACAUUUUGGCCUCGAAAACAAAAGAAAGUGAAUGGGAUUUCAUUCAAGAAUGCUUUAAAACAAGAAAACAUUCAAAAUAUCAUACGCAGAUCUAUCCAGCAUUAAAGUUAAGUUACGACCAUCUUCCGUCAUCAGCUCUAAAACAAUGCUUUUUAAUAGACAAUAUAUUUCUGUUACCUUAUUUAUCUGGGAGAAUAUACGAUAUGCAAUAA